AGGUUACUCCCACCGACACACGACGGCGUAAGAGAGAGAGAAGGACGGAAGGAGAACGAUGCAAGAGGGGGGAGAACGAGCGAGAGAAGGAGAGGUGAGGACGGAGAGACGGAGACGGAGGGAGCUAGGGAAGCGCGUGUCGACGCGUUGGUUGCUCAGCUGUUUUGAAGAGUCGACGACGCAGCGAGCGGACUGCCCGUGACUCGGCGCGAGACCACUGCAUCCACGUCCAAACGCCAAAACAGAUGUGGAGUGACUGUCCAGAUCUCUGACAUUGACGUAUCUCGGCCACGAGUGUCGUGUCGUCGCGCGAGCACGCGUUCGAGCCCGCACCCUCUCCUCCCCCGCCCCCCUCUGAUUUACGCGGAACGCGUGGAGGCGCGACGGCGAAGAAGAGGCGCGUAGUCGAGCGCAGCGGGCCGAGGCCGCGUAUAGCAGCCAAGCCGAGCCGAGUUCGAGGACCAAGGGAGACCAGAGCGAGCGGAUAAAGAGCGAUCGCCAUGAGCGAGCUGAGCCAGGAAGAGAUGAGGAGAAGGCGGUUAGCCCGUUUAGAAGGCUUAAACAAUAGUAAUGCAGCUGCCAGUUCGUCUAAUGCCAUUGCUCCAACUUCCCCCAGCACAAUGGAGCCAUCAAAGGCGUUUGCAGGAUCAAUAUCUCCGUCUAUUCAACAACAAUUACAGCAUGCCGAGGUACCGAUGGAAGUAGAGGAAAACAACGAUAAACAAUGUAAUAUUACUGAAAUGGAUAAUUCAGGAAUUGAAAGCAUGGAGGUUGACGAAUCGGAUAGGAAAGACUCAAUAUCAAGAUCACGUACGACGAGUUCUAGCACAGAGGUUACAACAGAUCACAUAUAUGUUGUCAUAUCACGUGUUUUGCGUAUAUCGUGGAAAAGUCCCGCGGAAGGAACUAUAUUCUUACCGCAAACAGCAGCGUACACGCUAGAGCAAAGACAGCUGAAUUUUAGUGAAAUUGUCAACCAGGCCUUGAUGGAGGUUUUGUGUAUGUUCUCGAAAACGGAGGACCCCUUGAAGGAUAUCACGGUAGAUAUGUCGUCCGAUCGACAGGACAGUCCAAAUAACCAAGCGAGUCCUUUGCUAAGUCCUGUUGUGGCUCUUCCGCCUUACCAAUUACCGACUAUGCCAUUGCCCAUAGGCAGCAAGUCGUCGCAACCAAAAAGUUUAACUUACUUGUUAGACUGUUAUUCGAGAGUCGCAAUUGAGGAGAGAAAUCACCCGAAGCGAUCCAGCAUACCGCCUCUUUCCGACGUAUUGACGAUUUUGAAAACGCAAUGUGUUCAGUACUCCAGCCUCGUUCUGCAAGGAUUGGUUGGCAUUUUUCAAGCUUCAGUUAUCCCUAUGUGCACCACGUAUCUUCUCUAUCCGAUAUUGUCGCAAAGCUUACCUCGAGGCUAUCUUCACGAACUCGUGGCCAGGACACACACGAAUCCAAGCACGUUCAAUAAAAUAUUCACCCCGGUCUUGCAAGGCUUGUAUCUCUCGAUGCAACAGGCAAGCUUGGUCGGCAAUACACACAGAAGACCGAUCGAGGCGCUAGAAGAACUGAUAGAGAUUCGCUGCGGACCAAGCGGCAACAUACGUCCAAUAUGCCGUCUGAUUACGAAUCAAGUGCAAUUCUUGCCCGAUAUUAUGACGUCAGCCGCCGGCAGAGAACUCACGAGGACCUCGUUUUUAGGGCCGUUUCUCUCGAUAUCGGUAUUUGCUGAGGAACAACCGAAGGUAGCGGAGAAGUUCUUCAGUGGUAGUUCCCUCACGGACAAAUCGGUGAAUUUAACCUUGCAGCAAGAAUUGGAAAGUACUAGAACAUCGUUGCACAAGAUGUUUCACGCGAUACUUGCGAACAGCAACUGCCGCGAUGCUACUUUAACGUACUUAGCCGCAUUGCUACGUCAUAAUGAGAAACGCGCGCAAAUACAGACCGAGGAAUUCUCUCUGGCCGGUGAUGGAUUUAUGUUGAAUCUACUGUCGGUCUUGCAAAUGCUCUCUGUGAAAAUCAAACUGGACACCGUAGACCCUCUGUAUCCAUUUCAUCCCUCCAGCUUCGUCGAAAUAAAGAACGACACAAGACUGAAACUUACUUCGCAGGAAGUCGCGGAAUGGCAGAAGCAUCUAGAAAAGACGCAUAAGUGGGCGGAAUCGAAGUUUCCGACUCAAUGCUGGUUCUUGACGUUGCAUUGCCAUCACAUCGCACUCUUACCGGCGUUGCAAAAGUAUCAGAGAAAAUUACGGGCGUUACGCGACUUACAGAAGAUGCUCGACGAACUGCAAGCCACGGAACCUCAGUGGAAGGAUAGCCCCUUCGCGGAACAUAACAAAGACUUAAUUAAGCAAUGGAAGCAGCAGUUGAAGCGAUUAGGUAAAUCCAAAUUGUGCGCGGAUGCGGGUCUGAUAGAUCCCGUCUUUUUAAGAAGAUGCUUACACUUUUAUAUAUCUGUGGCCGAGGUUUUGUUGAGUCUUCUGACACAGACCGCCCCGGGGGACCCUCUCCCCAAACUUCCGCUUCCUCAGGAAGUUACAUGCAGGUUUACCGCACUACCAGAAUGGUACGUGGAGGAUAUAGCGGAAUUCUUGUUGUUUACGCUCCAGUUUUGUCCCGGAGUAGUGGCAAAUAAUAUGGAUAAUUCGCUUAUCACGUGGUUACUGGUCGUCGUGUGUACGCCGCAUUGUAUACGAAAUCCGUAUCUAAUCGCAAAAAUCAUCGAGGUCCUGUUUGUGAUAAAUCCUAGUGUUCAGGGAAGAACGGAGACUCUCCACGAUAAAGUCAUGGCACAUCCUGUAUCCAAGACACUUCUGGCGUCGUACCUCAUGAAAUUUUACACCGACGUUGAAACGACCGGCUCCAGUUCAGAGUUUUACGACAAGUUUUCAAUACGUUAUCACAUAAGCCUGAUCUUGAAGUCGAUGUGGGACAGUCCGGUACAUCGAGCAUCUAUCGUCAAUGAGAGCAAUAACGGCAAGCAAUUCGUCAAGUUCGUCAACAUGUUGAUGAACGACACCACCUUUCUACUCGACGAGAGCUUGGAAUCUUUGAAGCGCAUACACGAGGUGCAGGAACUCAUGUCAGAUACUAAUGCGUGGAGUGCGCUAACCCAGGAGCAACAGCAGUCGAGGACGAGGCAGCUGGCAGCGGACGAGAGACAGGCCAGGUCCUAUCUUACACUAGCCAAGGAAACAGUUGCCAUGUUUCACUAUCUGACGGUCGACAUUAAGGAGCCCUUCCUCCGACCGGAAUUAGUCGGGCGAUUGUGUGCCAUGCUAAAUUUCAAUUUGCAACAGUUGUGCGGACCUAAGUGCAAAAAUCUGAGAGUGAGAAAACCACAGAAGUACGGGUGGCAACCAAGGACGUUACUCAGCCAAUUGGUUGAUAUAUAUUUACAUCUUGACUGUGAUAAUUUCGCGGCCGCCUUAGCCAGUGACGAACGCUCGUUCUGUAAGGAAUUAUUCACUGACGCUGCGAGCAGGCUAGAAAGGUCUGCGAUUAAAACUACCACGGAAAUCGAGAGAUUCAUAGCGCUCGCGGAGCGUGCGGCGAUAAUCGCGAGAGAUAAUCGCGCACGUGACGCAGAUUACGGCGAUGCUCCUGAGGAAUUUCGAGAUCCGUUGAUGGAUACUCUUAUGGAGGAUCCAGUCAAACUACCAUCCGGUAUUGUUAUGGACAAGGCAGUUAUCAUUAGACAUUUACUCAAUAGUGCCACAGAUCCUUUCAGUCGGCAGCCACUUAGCGAAGACAUGCUAACACCAAUGCUCGACUUGAAAGAAAGGAUAUCUGUGUGGAAGCAACAAAAGAAAAAAUCGACGAAUAUAUAAACGGUGCUAAUGUGACGAGAAUUCUGCAAGUAAAUAGGAGUAAAAAGAAAGACAGAGCGUUUAACAUCCAACAUAGAGAAAGAGAUUAGCAUAAUCCAACAUAAUUGUCAAUAUUGCACGAUACAUUCUGCCAGACAAAUACAUCAAUCCAGUGCAGUUGAUGAACAUAGUGCAAUGAUCUCGCUGUUGUGCAACAAUUGCGCUCAAUAAAUUUACAGUUUUUAUACAAUAAAACAUUAAUACAGACUGCAGCUAGCGAACUGCCAAUAUAUUGCUCCAAACAUACUUUAGAAAGUUGUAAAUAAUUGCUGGCUACAUGUCAGUUUCCAAAAUUACAUUAUUCAUAAAUAAGCUAUAUUACUUUUUACGUCUUUCGAUGUACGUGGCAGCGGGUAAGUUUCAAACAUAUCCCGCGAAAAUAUAGUGUUAAAUAGUAUAAAGCUAGUAAUAUAAAUGACUACUCCAUAUUACUUCCACGAACUCUCGACAUUUAAAAAUAAAAUGACAUUGACAUGAAA